GUGCCAAAACUAUUGAAUAGUUAAAAAAAUGGAAAUUCCUAUAAUUUGUUUUUUCUUGAAAAAUCAGCUUCAAUAGAAAUUCCUAUAUAUAGGGGAGUGAAUCCAAUUGUAUGAUUGUACAGUACCCUUCAAAGUUGAAAGUAGUUGAGUUCUCGUAUCAUGGAGACCAGUUACAAAACACUACUUUCCUUUUUCUUCAUGUUUAUGCAUCUGACAUCUUUAUCAAACUCCAAGUCUAUCAUCAAGAAUCUCCCUGGUUUUCAUGGUGAUCUCCCAUUCACUCUUGAAACUGGAUAUGUGGGAAUUGGAGAAGACGAUGCGGUUCAGGUCUUCUACUACUUUGUUGAAUCACAAAGAGACCCAUUGCACGACCCUCUUCUUCUUUAUAUUCCUGGUGGCCCUGGUGCUUCCGGACUAUAUCCUCUCCUCUAUCAAAUCGGUCCACUAAAUAUCAAUUUUGAAAGCUCAACAUGGACUAACAUUACAUUGGAGUUAAACCAAAAUUCAUGGGCAAAGGUAGCCAAUAUGAUAUUUGUAGAUCUACCCGCUGGUGUAGGGUUUUCAUAUGCUAAAACAUGGGAAGCAUCAAGGAGUAGUGAUUCGAUUUUAGCUUUACAAUGUUAUGAGUUUAUACAAAAGUGGCUUGUGGAGCACCCAAGGUUUCUUAAUAAUCCAUUCUACAUGUCUGGGAUUUCAUACUAUGGCCUUGUUAUACCAGCUGUUACUUUAGAGACAUACAAAGGCAAUCAACUUGGAAAUCAACCACAAGUGAAUAUUAAAGGAUGCAUAUGUGUAAGCCCUUUAACCGAUAAAUUCAAUGAUUUUAAUUCAAGAUUAGAGUUUGCCCACCAGUUUGCACUUAUUUCCGAUGAUAUAUACGAGUCUACAAAAGAAACUUGUAAUGGAAACUACAUAAAUUCUGAUCCGGAUAACAUAGCAUGUUUAUACAAUCUUCAACGGAUAGAGGAGUGCACAAGCGGACUUAACAUAGGCAAUAUAUUGGAUCCAGUUUGUGAUGCUGCAAAUCCAGCGCCAACUUGUUUUGAAGCUGCUGAUGAAUAUUUAGGAUCUUGGGCAAACAAUAAUGUUGUUCAGAAAGCACUUCAUGUUCGCGAGGGAACGAUUGAAACUUGGCACAAAACCAAUUAUUCUCUACAAUACGAUAUGAACAAAGAAGACACGAUUUAUUACUCAUAUGACAUCUUUAGUGGCGUCGACUACCAUAGACAACUUGUUGCAAGAAACUCUCAUGUUUUGAUCAUUAAUGGUGAUCAUGAUAUGAAUUUCCCAUACAUCGGCACUUUGAAAUGGAUUAAGUCUCUAGAUCUUCCAACUAAAAGCCCAUGGAAGCCAUGGUUUGUUAGUAACCAAGUUGCUGGAUACCAGAUGACGUAUGCUAAAAACGGAUACACGUUAACGUAUGCAACCAUUAAGGGUGCUGGUCAUGUAGUGGCAUUAAACAAGCCCGAAGAAGCUUUUUUGAUGGUGGAUGACUGGCUAUCUACUAGUUAUUUAAGCGAUAUCUAAGAACAUAAAAUAUAUCACUAUUAUUAAUUUACUUGUCAAUUCUAAGUCAUGACAAAUUAUGUCGCAUAUCAAGUUAAUGUUCUUAUGUUUUAUUCUUAUGUAAAAUCGAAGUCUAAUUAUUUUAUAUUAUGUUUAUUUUAAUAUGAUGUAUAACUA